AUGGAUGUCCCCUUAAGGGUAAUUACUACCCCCAACUUGAGUGCCUCAAGUAUACCCGAUAGGAACAUGCAGAGUUCUGCAAAACACAUAGAUGGCUGUGUCGGAAAUAGGAUCCCGAUAAUUGCUAUUUUUUGCGUAACCGCUGUAAUAGGCUUUCCCAGUCCGAAAGAAAUAGUCUUACCUGAAUUCAACGUUUCCUCAGCUGCUGAAAUAAACGAUUUAACGGCCAAUGGUGUGCAAGGGAGGUCUAUUAAUGGUGUAGCUAGUCAAAACAGCUUCGAUGACACCAUAAAAGAAGUUGAAGCUAUAUUGAGGACUAACCCUGCUCUACCUAGGUUAACAAGAGGUGAGAUUCUGGACCUAUUGGAUAAUAUAACUCAAACUGAUAUAGAAAAGGCAAAAGUACUGACAAAUAAUAGAGGGCAGAAAGCUAUAAUGGUGGUUAUGCCUUAUACCCCUGAAAGUGAGAACAAUUUGCAAGAUUUUUAUACUAAACCACCAAUAACUAAGAUGAUUGGAAAUGAGGGUGACAAGAAUGUUAAAGGUGGUACUAAUAGUGUUAAAAGACCAUCUGGAAGGGUGUCUACUAGUACUAGUAGUAGAACAAUAUCAACUAGUACUAUUACAACAACUGACACACCCGUGACAAAUAGAAGAAUACCACCCAAAAAGCAAUACACUCCAAAAAAACGUACCAAAGUUGAAACCACUUACCCAACAAGUACACCAAAGUACACUGAGUACUAUUCAAGAUACUCCACUAUACAUCCUAGAACUACAACUAUUCAAUCUACUACAACAUCAACCUAUAAACCUAGAUCUAGAGGAACACCUUUAAGAAGACGUAGACCUACAACAACAAAAUUCCCAAAUCAUAGCUACGAUGAAGACAUGUUGGUGCAGGAAAAUGUUCAUGAGGAGGUGUAUCAAGCACCAAAAGAGCAAGUUUUCUUCAACACAAACUCGCAACAAUUUUUGCCUGAGGAGGCAGUCACCAAAAAAGAAACAUCUUUAAGAAAGGAACACCCAACAACAUCAUCGCCAGAUUUGAUAGAGUUAAAUAUCCCAACACAUCUUACCGAAGUUGUUAAAGAUAUGCAUCUAUCGGAUGCGAUGGAUGGUACUAUAUUAGUACCAACACAAAGACCAAUACCCCAAACUGAUGUAAAGGAUGAUGCACAAAAAAUUAAGGAUUUAAUGGAGUCACUGGGUAUACAAACUCCUACAACAACUGAUAUGCCCAACAUGGAAAAUGUUGCCUCGAAUUUGAGCCCUGAUAUGAAGGAUUUGUUGAUGAGUUUUGGCUUGAUUCCAAACCCUGAUAAAGCAAAAGAUGUCAAAGUGGAAGACCCAGCACCAGAUAAAGCUGAAAUUAAUCCAGACUCAUUCGUUGGCUUUAAACCUCUACCUGAAGACUCCUCUAGUAGAUCUGAGAUGGACGAGUUACUAGCCACAUUUGGGCUUGGUAGAAGCUCGAGAAAAAUUAAAUCACAUGAUUAUAAACAAGAUAAUGAUCACAUAAGCCUAGAAGCAGUACCUGAUGAAUAUAAAGGUUUACUUACAGAGCUUGGUUUGAGACAGGGUAGAAAAAUCGAGAGUUAUUCAAUGAAGAAAACUUUGGCAAAGGAUAGUAAGGAUACCACCACUGAAAAACAGCAUGUCUUCAACCCUAGUGACUCUCAAUAUGCGUCUGAAGAAGAGUUAGAUAAACUUGGACGACUUAUAAACAUGGUAAAAGAGUUGGAGAGCUUAAAUCGCACCAUAACAGACGAGGAUCUCAAAAAAAUCGAUCUGCAAACAUUAAAAGAGCUAGCUGAAAGUAUAAAAGAAGAAGAGGACUCUAUAGUACCUCUGAACGAACAAAAUCCAGCACCAAAUCCAAUCAACUUUGACUAUGGCCUCAGUAAAAAUGAAGUUAAACGUCAGGAAUCCACUACAACAACUGAAGAGCCCAAAAAUCCUUCUAUUAAAGACCUUGAGGAGUCAUUUGGAGGUCAAACCUCCACCACAACGACCACAGAGGCUCCAGUAGAAGAAACCCCAGCUCCAAAAAGAACAGGAGCAUAUUUUUUGGUCGAUUGGAAUUCAUUUUUGGACAUUGAUGACCAAAAAGGCAAAAGGGUGAAUCUGAGAUUCCAACCUACUGUAGGAGAUCCAAAAAGUGAUAAUGUUACAAAAUGGGAAAGUAUAUAUGAUGAUUAUAAAUCCACUUCUGUUGGAGUUUUUAAAAAUAAAUUAUUAGUUGUUGAAUUUUUGAAAAAUCAGGAAAAAAUCGUUACCCAAGAAUUUUUAAAUGAAAUGGAUUACAAUAUAGAGAGUAUUAAGAUAUUCCGACAUUUUACCACAAAAAAAUCUGUGAUAUUACUAUUAGCAUCAUCCAACACAUCUAUCAACUGGUACGAAGUUAAUAACCUAAAACUGGAAAAAAUAUGGACUUGGAAUAUGGUAAACCAAAUCAAGCAUUUCAAUGUUAUAAAGGUUAAAAAUCACCAUACAAUCGUAGUUUUGAAUAACAUAUCAAAAAUUGAAGUAUAUGACUUUACAAAGGAUUUGGAAAGUUUUUGGCUCUCGCAAUCUAUAAGUUUACAAUCCUCAUCAUCCAUAUCGACCUUUGUACAACAUAAAUGGAACUAUUUUUUAAGCAUAACCCAAAAAAAUCAUAUUCUUGUAUACAAGUACGAAAGGGAUCAUUUUGUACACCAUAAAAAUAUAUCCUGUGAGAAUGUGGAUCAAAUAGUAUCCUUUGGAAUAGGUUUUCAAUCUUUUUUGGCUGUAAAUGGUUUAACUCCAAAAAUAUACAAAUUUGAAGAUAAUGAGCUGAUGGAGCAAAAUGUCACGAAUUCUCAUCUAAAUCACAUCCAGUUUUUUAAAGUUCUACCCAUCACCAAAUAUAGAGAUGAUACAGCUUUGCUGAUACAAAGAAAUCUUAUUCAUGAAUCUCACAAUUCCACAGUUAUAGACCUCCUAACAUUCAAUGGAGAAAACUUCGUGGAACACGAAGAUAUACCAUGCCUAUAUUUCGGGGAGGAUAAAAACAACCUCAACUGCCUGAUAAACGAUGAAACCAAAAACAGUAUAAGUCAAAUUACACCCCUAAGCAUUGACGACGAUACCUACCUUUUGAUACCAAAUGAAAAUGGGCAUAAUGUACUUUUUUCAAUAAAUGUUAGUUUAGAGGUGUCGGAGAAUCCGGCUAUGGAGGAAUUGGAGGAUUUAAGGAGAGAGAAGGAGGAAAUUAUGAAUUUGUUAAAUACAUAUGAAGGCAUAAGGAAAAAUAAGACCUCUUCCGAAUUGGUAUCAUCAUCGUUUAUAAAUGAAGCAAAUAUAGAUGAUAAGUCAAAAGAAUUUAAAGAUUUAUUUAAAGAUAAAAAUGCAUUUAAUGAAGAAAGUAAGUUUAGACGUAUACAGGAUGAUAUUAAAAACAUUGGCGAUGAGAUUACUGAUCUAAAUAAUAUUAUGGAUGAAAUUUUGAAGAAAGAAAGUAGAAAUAGUUUUGAUACAAUAUUAAUAGAAGAAAAUUCUGUGAUUGAAAAUGGAAUUUUUGAGGAUAUAAGUGCUGAAAACAUCGAUGUCAGUCAUAUUGUAUUAAAAAACAAUUUAAGACAUAUCCACGGUCGUAAAACUAUGAAUAAUCUAAUUGUCAAUAAUACUAGUACUGAAUUUUUAAAUGGUAUACCAUAUAAUGACAUUUUACAUAAAUCUGAUACAAAAAUUGAAAUAAAUGGUAAUAUACAAUUUAAACAUGAAGUUAGAGCUGCGGAUAUACAUAUACAGGGUGGUGUAGUGAACAAUGUUAACAUAGAAAAAGAUGUUGUAUUUAUAAACAAAAAUCUUACUGAUACAAUACAUUUUAAAAAUAUCCUUGUGGAAAAUUCAUUUUUUGCCGAAGAAGUUAAUAAUUUAAAUAUAGUAGAUAAUAAAGUAAAAAACCACGUCAAUGAAGAUACGAUAUUUCUGCCUGAGAAUGCUACAGUUAAAAACAUAAACGGGGAAAAUCUUAACGACUUCAUUAACGAAAUUUGCCUGAGAAAUAUUAAAUGCUACAUACCAAAUAACUUUAUAAUACAAGGGAACCUUUUAGUUCGAAGUAAUUCCUACACAGAAAAUCUAAACGAUCUACCAUAUCCGGAUGGUUAUGUUUUUAUCGAUGAGUCACCACAUUUGAAUAUAACUGGGAAAAAAGUUUUCGAGAAUUUGGGUGUCAUGGAAAUAAGAACACCCGGUGUUCUUAAUAAUGAAAAUACUGAUGAAUUUAUAACGCUUUUGAGUGACCAACAUAUUCAUAACAUCGAGUUCAACGAGCUGGAGGUCGCUGAAGAAAUAAAUAUUAAAGGCAGUAUUGUUGGCAAACACUUAGAAAAGUUUUUAUCGAACCCCACUCUAUCUAACACUGUACCCUCUAUAAAUGCCAACACCAACUUUAAGAAAGUAAUUCUGGAUGGAGAUUUAAUAAUAACGAACAAUUUGAAUCAAGAAAACUUUAAAAAAACUCUACAAGAUAUAGUUUACAAGGAUGAACCCACAUCUGAAAUAAUCGGCAGAGUAGACUUUAAUGAAGGAAUAUCAAUACAAAACAAUCUAGAAAUUCAGUCUAACAUAAUAAACAACAUAAACAUACAUGAUAUUAUAACCAAAGAUACCGACCAAGUUUUAAACAUCAAAACGUUGGAUGGAUCUGUCGGUUUUGAGCACAUAUAUGUAGAAGGCCUUUUUGGCGGCCAAAAUGUAUCGAAAUUGGACUUUGAGACCAUUAAACUAUCUGGUGAACAAUUUAUUUCAUCUACGUUGAUUUUUGAAGAUGUGGAAAUUAAGAAUUUAGAAAUAACUAAAAAGUUGAAUGAUCUACCACCAAAUGAUUAUUAUUAUGUUAAUUCUGAUAAUAUUUUUGAUAAUAUGGUUACCAUUGAUAACUGUAAAGUUGAUACAAUAAAUAUCCUCAAAGAUAUAAAGGGGGAUAUAGUGGAUUUUGAUCUGGAAAACAUUCUGGAGAAUACGUUGAGUUUCAGAAAAGAUCAAACAAUUUCUGGUGAUUUUACUGCUAAAAUUCUUAAUGUUGAUCGUUUAAAUGCCUCAAGAGUCAAUGGAGGUGACUAUGGAAAGCUUUUUGAGCAAGAAAAUAUAUACAAAGAGAUGCUAAAUAAAGUUAUCAGAAGAAAUAUGGAAAUAGAAAAUCUACAUAUUAAUGAUUCAUUGAAUGUCAAUAAUAUUAAUGGAAGAAAAACAUCUUAUAUGCUAGGAAAUAGUAGAAAUCUACCAAGAAAUAUAGAAUUCGAGAAUGAUGUCUUUUUCAACAAGAUCCAAAUAAACAAACUAUCAGAAGUGAAUUUCACUGAAUUCAUCACCGACAUCAUUUUCAAAAGCGAUGAAAACCCUCAAAUAACUGGCGAUAUAACCUUCAAAAACAUUGUUGAAGUUGCAAAACUCAUCGAAACAGAAAAAAUCAAUAAUAUCGAUAUUGAUGAUAUUUUAACUAAGUUUGGUAAACAACAAAUCAAUAAGGCUGUGGUUAUACAGGGUGAUGUUCAUUUUGAUGAUGUGCAUAUUACACAGGGUGUUAACGGUGUUGAUGUUAGGGAUGUUUUCGAGAAAAUUGAGAUGAAGGAAGAUACACUGAAUAUUAAAGAUAAUGUGGUUUUUGAAAGACAACCUCAAAUAUUAAAUUUAACCAUACAGGGUUUGGUAAAUGAAGUAGAACUGGAAAAACAUGUAAAAAAUAUAGUUAAUGUAAAUAAACCCAAUGAAAUAAAUGGUAAAAUUGUUUUUACUAAACAUGUAAAUAUUACUGGAGAUAUUUUAAUAGAUAAUGUUUUAAAUAAAAGAAAGGUUGCAGAAAUAUUAAGCAAUGCUUUGUACAUUGACAGAGAUGCAAAUAUACAGGGUCCUAUAGUUUUUAAUGAAACAACAUUUUUCCUUAAAAGUUUACUGAUAGAUAGAGAUUUAACAACUAAGAAACUGUUUGGGUUUGAUUUGGAAAACUGGAAACAAAAUGCCAUAUUUAUCAAUAAAGGUUUAAUAAAAGGUACAUACGUAUUCGAAAAUGCCAUCAUUCAUGAAAGUAUACUUUCAAAAUACAUAAACGAUAUCGAUAUGAACACUAUAGUACCACUAAGAACUGAACAAACCAUUCCAGCAAUGUUUUUUGAUUAUAUUUCCGUUAUACGAGCACUAAAUUUAAAAGGUAGCAUGAGUGGUUACAAUCUAAGUGAAGAAGUACAAAAUGCUUUGACGAUGGACAAAAGCUACGAUAUCAACUCUGAGAUCGUUUUCCAAAACAAUGUUCUCAUAAGAAAUACAAUGAAUACACCAAAAAUAAAUAAUAUAAACGUUCAAAAAAUCGUAACGACUAAUACAGAUCAAAAUUUGACGGCCCUGUAUCAUUUUCAAAUGAAAUGUACUUUACACAAUAACAUUUUUAUUGAUGGGUAUUUAAAUAAUAUUAAUUUAACUGAGUGGAAUCAAAAUGUUGUCAAAGAAAAUAGUGAAAAUAUUCAGGAUAUCAUGCAAACUUGGGAUGUAUCAGGAAAUAUUACUGUAAUGGAGGAUCUAAAUGGUGGGGGAAUGAUAAAUAAUAUGGACUUACAUAAAAUACAGAGUGAAUUAGAGGAAAAAAUCAACUAUAAGUAUUCUGUGGAAAAAGCUAUUAUAGACGACUACAACAAUCUAUGCAAAGAUAUUGAAAAUGUCUACGAUCUAAGCAAAAAGCAAAUUUAUAAGUUCAGAUAUUUCGAUAAAUUUCAAGAUUUGGUUUUUGAGAAUCCCAUUGCUUAUGUUAAACAUAUCAAGUACAAUCACAAUAAUUUCUUAUUGGUCAACGAAGAAGAUAGUUGUACUACACAUAUACUAUUCUAUGGAAAUAAUUUUAAACCUGUGUAUUCAGUGGAAACAGGGUUUGUUGAUGAAAUUAUAACUGUUCUUGAUAGAAAUACAAUGUAUUUGGUGACCAGAAGCCCUAGAAAAACUAGGUGUGAUGUGGUUGGUACAAAUGUUUGGAAGUUUGGGAAGGGGAACAUGGAGCAAUUGGUAAACCUGGAUAAUAUUAAUCUACUGCAAGAAUCAAUGGUACCUGGUACCUUUUAUGGGAUGAAUAAGCAUGGUGUAACUGAAUUCAUAAUCAAAAAGAACAUUGUUAAACCAUAUAGGAAAUGGGAAAUUUUUGAAAAUAACAUGGCUUUUGUACCACGUGGUUUAGGUACAGGUUUUGCCGUUCGAACCGGCAAAAAAUUGAUACGACUUAAUCGAGAUCAACCAGACGAUUUAGAAAAUACCAACGAGCUUAGUAUGAAUUUAGAUGUCAUAAUAGUUGGUAAUGUUACCGAAGAAUCAAACCAUUAUUUUCCUGGCAGACUUGGUGGGGAUUUGGUAGCUACCAAAGUGGGAACAAAGGAAUCUGAACGAACUUUACUUGCUGUAGCAGCUCAUGAAGAAAUCAGUGUCAGGGAUCCACUAGAUUUUAUAACAGUUUAUAGCGACCCAGUCCAUGGUAAAAUGUUUCACAAAAUCCCAACAUACAAACCAUCGUCCCUUCUCUCCAUAGAGUUUGGUAAUGGAGAAACUUUGCUAGCUUUUCUAGAGAACAAGCGAAUAUUACAAAUAUAUGAAUAUAAAGGAAUAAACGGCUUUAAACAUCGUCUUUCAGCCAAAAUAUCAGCUUCAAAAUUAUUCCUUAUGGAUCUACCAUUAACGCAAUAUUUAAAUGAAAGAAAAUUUAUUGGAGCCAUUCAAGAUAAUAAAAUUACCCUACUAGAGGCUGUAAUGUCAGAAGUGGAAACAACACUAGCCGCCUCGGACGUCUUCAACGUCGCAAAUGAAUCCACGAACAGGGGGGAUGACGGUCAAGCCUACGACAAGGAAGAUAAGUCCCUACAGCUAACUAACAACUCCCCAACUUCAAAUAGUAAUCCCAAAUGUUUGGACUAA